AUGCAAAAUUGUCUCGUUGUUUUUCUAUUAAUAUGGUUUUUAACAAUUGAUGCAAAUCAGAUAAAUUUAAAACAGCCUUAUUGUCGAGAUUUACGAGAUUGUCAAACAUAUUUUCCUUGUUCAGUUUUUUCAAAUGGUUUCAGUUAUUUUUAUGUCAUUAAAAGAUGUUCAAAUACGAUGAUAUUUGAUGAAAAACAACAACAAUGCGUUCAAAAUACAUACGUUGAUCGUACAUGUCCGUCAAAAGUCAUUGUUGUUCCAUCUAAACACAGUCAAAUACCUUUUCCUCUAUCGACCCUGUCAACAUCCAGAAAUACUUUGAAAAAAAAUCGAAUGAAACCUUCUAAUAUUAUUAAACCAAAAGCAAAUAAUAGUAGUAGUUUAAGAAAAAUGAUGGAACGUAGUAACAACAAAACAUCAUUAAUAAAAACGAAACUACAGAGAUUAGGAAAGAAAAAUCGAACCAUUUUGUCAAAGCAAAUCAUGUUUGAAAGGAAAAGUCUUCGAGAAACUGCUGCUGAAAUGAUAGAGGAAAGCCAAGCUGGUGGUAGCGAUGAAAGUGAGACAACAACAAAAAAUGAAGAUAGUGAAGAGGAUAUUAUACAACUAUCAGAUACUACUCGAACGCAACACGUUUCACACAAUGACAAUAAGAUGUUACGAGUUUGCUAUAUUACAAAUUGGUCUCGUUAUCGAACAGGCGAUGCUAAAUUUGAAAUUGAGUUUAUUGAUCCAUUUCUAUGUACUCAUAUAGUGUAUGCCUACGCAACAGUUGAUCAAGAAAAACCAGAAAUUAUUCCAAUUCAAAAUGAUGAUCGUGAACACUAUCGAGAACUUGGAUUAUUGAAGAAACAAAAUCCAAAUUUAAAAACAUCGAUACGAUUGGGUGGUAAAAGUGGACAAUAUACACGUUACUUAAAAAGAUCGAAUACGGCAACACAAUUGGUGAGAAGUAUUAUAUGGUUUAUGGCUACCUACGGUUUUGAUGGUGUUGAUAUAGCCAUGGAAUUUCCCGAUGAUGAUGUACCAGAAGACAAAGCUGCUUUAGUAACUUUACUUGAGGAAAUUGCAAAACAAAAACGAUUGAUGUCUUCUCAUUCAUUUGUUUCACUUACGGCUGCUCCGUUUGUCGACCAUUUACACAAAGCAUACGAUGUAAAAAAGAUUGAAAAACUUGUUAACUAUGUGAAUCUUAUGACAUUUGAUUUUUAUGGACCAUGGGAUGAUAAGACGGGAGUAUUUGCACCACUAUAUCAUCAGCCUUAUCAAAUGGAAAUUGAAGCACUUCGAAAUGUGGAUGGUCUGGUAAAAUUGUGGAUUAGCCUUGGUGUACCGAGAUCAAAAAUCAUUAUUGGCAUACCAGCUUAUGGAAGAUCAUUUACAUUGAGAAAUGGUGAAAAUGGAUUGCAUGCACCAGUGGACGGUCCCGGCUAUCCAGGACGUUAUACAAAAACACGAGGCUUUCUGGCGUAUUAUGAGAUAUGUGAAAAAGGACAAGCUCAAAACUGGCAACGUGUAUGGCUUGAAUCAGAAAAAUCUUGGUAUAUGACAAAUUCUGAUCAAUGGAUUUCGUAUGAGGAUGUGGAUUCGGCUGCUCUUAAAGCAGAAUAUGCAAAAGUCGAACAAUUAGGAGGUGUGUUUGUGUGGAGUAUUGAUAAUGACGAAUUUUCUGGAUUUUUCUGUAAUACCGAACCAUUUCCUAUAACUCGUCAGGUCUUUUCUACACUAAAUUUACCCAUAGCAACUACUGUUCUUACAACACAAAUAACUUAUCCUCCUCAGCCACCAUCAUCUGUCACUCAGACUGUUCGUUUUCUUAACGUGAUUCCGUUAGCAAGCCGAGCACCAUUAGUCAAUCGAAAUCUUCCGCCAAACAGUUUACCUAAUUUACAGUUGUUAUUGAAUGCCUUGAAAACUUUAACAGCAACCGCACAACCAAAUCAUCAUCCAGCACCGCUCGCUCAUCAAACGUAUAAUGCGGACUAUAUUUGUGGACGUCAUCGGGGUGGUAUUUAUCGUGAUCGAACUAAUUGUUCAAUGUUUUAUUUUUGUGAGGGUACAGAUCGUUCAACAUUGAGAUAUCACAUUUUCUUCUGUCCACAAGGAUUAGAAUUUAGUAUGGAUACAUGUACCUGUGAUUGGCCAAAUAAUAGGCCUUGUGUGACAUCUACCGAAACAUUUUGUGCUGAUCAUUCAGGUCCAUCAGCUCUCGUCACAACUACAACAACAUCAGUACCAAUAAUAAGUGGAUUAAGUGGUUUAGGAAAAUUGUUGCAAGUGUCAGCUGUGCCACAAAUUCUACCAAUAUCGACCUCAUUCGAUUGUAACAGAAAACGUCCAGGUUUAUAUCGUGAUUAUUAUGAUUGUACUAAAUUCUAUUAUUGUGCAAUGGCACAAGAUGGAUCAUUGUUUAGAUACGAUUUUGCUUGUCCGUCAAAUUAUGCAUUUAGUAUGACAAGUUGUCGAUGUGAAUGGACUGAAAGUACUUGUACAACAUUAACAAAUACCGAUUGUCUACUGUUAUCAUAA